AUGAAGCCCACCGACGAAGAGUCCACCAUCGUCGAGGACGUGGUCGUGACUGAGACCGGCAGUCUUGCCAGGAGGUCCCUCGCGAGUGUCCAUGACGCUGUGGACCCCCGCAUCCGUCCGUCUGACAGACCGACAGACGAUGUUCUAGAUGAGGGUUAUGCCCGCCAGUUGAGCGACUACAUCGGGCACAAGCACCAUCACGAGAAGAGCCCAAGCGAGAAGGAAGGCUCACAAAAGGACUCGGAUGAGCCCAUCUAUGUCGAAUUCGAGGAGGUCGACUCAAGAGAUCCCAUGAACUUCUCCUACACGCGUAAAUGGCUCAUCACCUUUACCGCGUCCUUCUUCUCCAUCAUCGUCGCUUCCUCGUCCUCCGCAUACGCUCUGGGAGUUCCCUCCAUGAUCCGCGACCUCAACGCGACUCAGUUCCAGGCCACGAUCGGGCUCUCCAUGUACACGCUCGGCUUCGCCAUCGUCCCCCUUGUCUCAGCCUCAUUCAGCGAGGAGUUCGGCAGACAGCCGCUCUACUUCUGCAGCGGCGUCGGCUGUCUCUUGAUGCACCUGAUGAUUGCACUCGCCCCGAAUAUCCAGACCGUCAUCGUCGGCCGAUUUUUGGCCGGGGCGUUCGGCUCGACCGGCUCGACUAUGGUCGGCGGCACGAUAGCGGACAUUUGGGCCCCGCAUGAGCGCGGCAUGCCGAUGUCCCUCUUCGCAAUCAUGGCGCUCACCGGGCCCGGCAUAGGCUGCGUCGCCUCGGGCUGGAUCGAACAGGAUCCGCGCCUCGAAUGGCGCUGGAUCCAGUGGAUUCAUGUCAUCUGGACCGGCAUUUUCGUCAUCGCGGUGCCGAUAUGCAUGAAGGAGACGCGCUCGGGCGUCCUCCUGACCAGGCUGGCUAAGAAGCUGCGCAAGGAUACUGGCAACCAUCACUACCGUGCGCGCGUAGAGGACGAGCGCGCGAGCCUGCGGACGCUCAUCUAUAUCUCGUGCACACGACCCAUUUACCUACUCAUUACCGAACCCGUGGUUGCGGCCUUCAGUCUUUGGGUGGGCUUUGCCUGGGGUAUUCUCUAUGUGCUCGUAGAGUCGAUCGCGCCGGCGUUCCGGACGAUCCACCACUUCAACACUGGACAAACGGGUACCGUAUUCGCUACGAUGAUUGUUGGCUGCUUCGCAGGACUGGCUAUACAGCUAUACCAAGAGAAGCUCUAUACAAAACAUGCGCCGAAACGUGGCCCAGAAGCACGUCUCUUCAGUGCCUGCCUAGGCGCGGUCCUCUUCCCCGCCGGCAUCUUCAUCUACGCAUGGUCCACGUUCGAGUCCGUGCACUGGAUGGGAAUGGCCAUGGGCGUUUUCGUGAUCAUGACCGCCCUCUUCGUCCUGUAUGUCGCGGUAUUCACAUACCUCGCCGACUGCUAUGGCAUCUUCGCGUCCUCCGCGCUCGCCGGACAGAGUCUCUGCCGCAACCUCAUGGGGAUGGCGUUCCCGCUGUUCACCGAGCAGAUGUUCGCGCGGCUCACGUACCACUGGGGCAACACGCUCUUCGGGUGCAUUGCGAUCGCCAUGAUCCCCAUACCGUUCGUAUUGAUGUGGAAAGGGCCCGUCAUUCGGGCGAGCAGCAAGUUUGCGUCGCAGACCGUGCACAAGUUCUAA